CAUUCCCGUCAGAACGCAACGCGGACGCACGGUCGGCAGUGGCGUGGCGCACUGCGAUUUUGUCGAUUUUGCCGACUGGUCUCGGGACUCGUCAACGUGGUUUCGCAGCCGACCUCGCGUUAUCCCCACGGAUCGGCCAAUCAACGGACGGGAAGAUGCGAUUUCAUCCGUCGCGUUUGGGUAACGAUAUCUCGUACGGACGAGCGAUUCGGUGACGGAUUUUAUUUUCACGCGCAAAAGGGCAGUCUAUUCCUCAAUCGAUGCUCCAUCGCGCUUGCAGAGCGCCGUUCUCGUCCGAUGCGGCAUGCGAUUCUCCGCGCGGCGUUUCAUCUUCGAGAUAACGGCCGACCAAUCAAUGACUCCACGUUGUGCAUUGCUCCCAACCUCCGAGGCCGGUGAAUCGCGAUGCUAUUGGCCUCGGGAGAUUCCGGCAGCUCACGCUGCCUAAUCGUGUUUCGGCAGAAGGCUCAGGAGAACUUCGAAGCCGGCACUUCGUAUAUCCGGUGCUACAAUAUCCGAUCCCUUAUUUCUCUCUUUCGAUUCACGUCUGCCCGUACUCGAGACAUGCUGACUCAACAUAUGAAAUGUUGUAGAAUAAUUCUAAAAUGCAUUCCAACGUAAUUAACUAAUUGUGUUUAAUUUUAAUUGAUAUAUAAUAUAAUUCCAUUAUCAAUCGCCUAUAAUUAGCGGCCUCUAAAUAUAGAUCCACACACGUGCGCACAUUAUAUAUAAAAUUUUACGAAUCUAGAUAAUAAACAAGCCACCGGAAGUAUAAUCGGCUUGUUCGGAGGAAAACGUAUUCUAGGGGAAAAAAAAAACAGACCAAGAGAACAAGUAAAUAUUAGGAAAAAUAUAUUUGUUGAAUGCUAACUUGUGUUAGAAAAGUUACAUGAAUUUCUUGUGAGCAGAGUAAAUUAAAAUGGCAGUUCAGGACGAAUAUUUUCGAGACUUGCGAUCCUGCGAUAGGCCGUUUCUUUAAACCACACCCGGAACGAUCGUCUCAUCCCGGAACGCUUGCUCUUUUUUUCGAAAAUUCCCUGGGCCGAGCGCCGCACCAUGGGUCCGUUCUCAUCCGCGCAACGAAUGUUCGUAACGCAAGGUUGUUCCUGAGGUGUCUCAUUCGAUUUAAAUCGUCGUCUCGGCGAUACGAUACUUCUAAUUUGCUUCCUUAUUGCAUCCGAUUACUUUGUUGCUACAUGCCGCUUUGUCUCCUGGCGAUUCUCCUGGUUAUAUGUAACGAAGAAAAACAGAGAAACACACGAUAAGCAAUACAAUCACAUUGCUAAAAUGCCUCGAGUAAGGAGACAAGUGAUCCUGGAGGAUCCAGCGAGGCCUGUUACACCAGAUAUGGCAGAAACGAAGUUGUUAAAGACUGAGUUUUUGGAGGAUGGAUCGUUGGACGAAAUUCAACCUCAGAAAGUGGCGGAAGAAACACCGAGUCCUCAUUUACAGGAUCACCAAUAUGGACAAACACCGUGUUAUCAAAUAACAAGAAAACCCACGCAACCACCGCCACGACCUGAGAUAUCAGUUCAAGCGGUAAAAAGAAGACUGAAUUUGGAGGUAGGCACAACUGGUCCCAGUCAGUCUGCCUUCAAGGCACCCAGAGGUAAACGUAGAAGAUCCGGGUCGAAUUCUUUAACUGGUCACACACCCACCAAAAGUAAAACUGUAGAAAGGACACGGUAUGACACAUCUUUGAGUUUACUCACAAAAAAGUUCAUCCAUUUAGUCGAGAGUAGUCAGGACGGUGUGGUGGACUUGAAUGUAGCGUCAGAGAAGCUGGAGGUACAAAAACGUCGUAUAUACGACAUUACUAAUGUUUUAGAGGGCAUCGGUAUCUUAGAGAAGAAAAGUAAAAACAAUAUCCAAUGGAAAGGCGGUCAAUUACCGAAUAAUCGGAACGACAUCGCCAAUCUCAGGAGAGAGGUCGCGGACUUAGAAGCUAAAGAGAACACUCUGGAUCGAUUGAUCCAUGGUGCUGAUAAGAACCUACGUGAACUCUGUGCAGAUAGACAAUACGCUUAUGUAACGUAUCACGAUUUACGUUCAGUCCCAAUGUACAAAGAUCAAGCUAUUAUGGCUGUGAAAGCCCCGCCGGAAGCUACCCUCCAUGUCCCACAACCUAUUAAUAAUUUUGGUCAACAAAAGCUUCAGAUGCACAUGAGGUCGGAACACGGAGAGAUAGAAGUGUUUUUGUGUCCCGACGAUUCCGCAGUCAAAACAUCGCCCUAUUCCGGAUACGCAACAACGCAAUCUGUGCCUCAAUCAAAAGAAUCCGAUAUACCCUGUUUGCCUUUUGAACUGUUGGUUAAUAGAGAAAACGAUGUGCGAGUCGAGCCAGUACCUUCCGACGAGAGUUCCCUGAACGAUCGUCUGUGUAACUCUGUAACUGCAGUUACCAGUAUAACAAGCAUAAAGGACGCGUUCCUAUGCGAAUCCGACGAUUAUGGACCAAUGGGCGGUGGCAAAUUCCAACUCCAAACGGAGGACCAAAUCAGCACCUCAGAUCUGAGUAUUCUCGAAUUUGGGGAACAACUACUGACUUUGGAACCACCUCUCUCCGAGAACGACUACUCGUUCUCAUUAGGCACUGAGGAAGGUCUUUCGGAUCUCUUCGAUUUCAAGUUCUAGGAAUAUCAGCGUUAUUAAUAAGAACGUUCUUGUCUUUUUGGACUAACACUCUGAGUUUGCUUCCUUGGCAUUCGAACAGAGGAAACUGACAGAGCAGUAUAAAUGCGUUACACGAUAGUGUUGGUAAUUUCGUUCCGUGCGUCGAACUUCGUUAGCGAACAUGCAAAGUCAUUAUAAUUUAUUUACUAUUUCUCCGAACAAAUAUGUUUUUUUCGAUCUGGACACCGAUUGCCGCGAUUAACGUUAAAGAGGAACAAUAAAAAGAUGAUCAAAACACGCGUGACGCAAUUUUUGCCUUUUGACACGAACGAUAGAUUGUAAAUACAAUUUACGUGGAAUGGAUUAUAAUUUUCCGUAAAUAAUUUUACUAAUCGGUCAAUUAUUGUCUGUUCCAUAUAAAAAUUAGGAAGAAAUGACGUGUUAUUGAUCCGUCUUACCCAAAAUAUUUUAAUAUUCUAUGUUGUUUUCACGUAUAUAUCUAAAAGACACACACACACACAUUUUAUAUAUAAUAUAUGUAUGUGUGUGUGUGUGUGUGUCUUGUUUCGGAUUGUUUCUUGGCCAUAUCAUUUUAAUUGCUUAUAUAUAUUGCGGAUCGUAAACUCUGGAUGCAGGGAAACCGAACCGCGAAGCACAGGAAAAACAUAUCAUGAAAUUGUUAGCACGUGCUUCCGGCUUGAUAUGGUCGAUUACAUUCGCGGAGUGGAUUGCGAAGAUUCUCUUGAGAGAGCAAAGGAGAAAGAGAGAGAGAGAGAGAGAGAGAGAGAGAGAGAGAGAGAGAGAGAGAGAGAGAGAGAG